AUUGGUUCCUACUAUAUAAGAGCUGCAAAGAAGACGUGGUGGUGGUUUUCGAUCGUAAUGAUUUACACGAACUAAUAGUCUAAAGCCAGAAGUCUCGUAACAGAAAACCUAGGAAGGUCUAUCUAUGGCUGGUCUUUAAUACGCAUUACGCCACGAAAUUUUACGGAUACACAAUGACGACAAGUCCUCAAGCAUAUUUUUGCCCUUGAUUCCCAUCCCUCUUCAUCUCUCACUUUCACGUCUUUUUCUCCCUCAAGCACUAUAUAAAGGUCCCCCGACUUCCAGCCAUCAUGCCUGAAUCAACCUGCACGGUAAGAACGCCUAUGCGGUAUCGAACACACGUCCGACACCACCUCCGACACACAGAACAAUCCAUUUCUUCCUCGGCAUCGACCUAGACACGCCGUGUCUAUGGAGUUCGGCAUGAAUUUUGGUCCGUCGGGCCUAGCUCCGUAUGAGGCCGUCUGCUACUACUCCGGGCUACCCUCUCGGCCACGACUCGUUGCCCGUACCGGUGUCGAAUGGACCGAGGACCCACAACAAGAAAUGUGGUCAUAUCACAAAUACCUGUCUUCAGUAGAGGAUCACCCGAUUGUUGAGCUUUGGAAAGAAGAUCAACCCCUCCCCCACCUCAUCAUGAAAGCGUUGGCCUCCCUCCCAUGGGUCGCGAUCGAUGUCCUCCGUGUGGGAGUCUUUCAUUUUGACAACACGAUUCCUGUCGUUAUGCUAGUCACUGUUGAGCCGGGCGAGACUCGGUGGGCAAUCGCCGAUUUGAUUGCUACGAAUUGCAAAAACAUCCUUACGCAGUUCGGCAUCACAGAUGUUGAAGUCGAAAUCAAAGAGUCCAGCUAUUGUUGCAGCACAUUGUCGGACUCAGAUACAUCAGAUAACGUGUCGAACGUUAGCGACCCUCCCCCCCGUCUCUAUUCUGGCAGCCCAGACGUUUUCCACCAGUAUCCGCUGGAUAAGCUCGUGCAGGAUUUGCGACACUUGAGCGACUGCAUUGGGACUCGAAUUCGCAAUGAUGCGACACCGUCGACUACAGGCACGAAGGGCAUUUACCUGAAUGUCGCCCCUGCCAAUCCUCAUAUCUGGACGUUCGAGCCAUGCACUGCUGCCCUCACCUGUCGACGCGUCGUAUUCCGAGGCAAAGAUGACUCGGGAAAAGUCUACCAUUGGGAUGGCCAGGUCUCUACGAGACAAUUCAUCAGCCAGGACACUGGAGUCAGCGACAUUGCACACAAGAUCGAGAAGAAACUAAUUGAAGAAGGAAAGCGUGUAAACAGACUUGCUUUGUUUUCUCUGAAGUACGACUCAGGCCAACACGAAGAUCAAAGAACGGACCUGGAAGACGAGGUUUAUGAGAUCAGUCGGCAGGCCGAUGCUGCGAGGGCGGCUCGAAGCAUUCUGGACAUGACACAUGAGGACACGUCCAUUCAGAUCGGUCAUGUUCUUUUCGCCCAAGAGCUUUCUACCGCGUUUCCGAGAACCUCGAUGUCAUCAUCAGCAUCAUCAUCGCAGCUAUCGCCUGCGACUUAUACCAGAGGGUCUUGGCUUCGGGACUACGCCUUGGUUCAAGUAUCGGGCGAAGUCCAUACGCGGCCUGCCAAAAACCGUCUGCCGAUCAACUACGAUAAACUACGUAAGAAGCUUGAUGGAUCGGUCCCGGAAUACCCGCGGCGAAAAUUUACGGGAGACGCGACGGAGGGAAAUGCCGUCUUGUCCUCGGAGGUUGUUCCUGAUGGCAAGGCAGGCAAGAGACGGGUCGUAGGGAAAUUCGGCGUGCAUGGAUUGACAUUCGGUUUCGUUAACGGAGUCAAGUCCGUUAUCCGGAAGCGUCAAAUUCACAAUGUCGUUGAUGAGCAUGUGGCCUGGGAGAUAUGUGUGGUUUCUACCGACCGAGUUAAUAGCAGCGCCUUUUCUAGAGGUAGUGACUCUGGAUCGGCCAUCUGGGAUUUGAAAAGUCGUGUUCUGGGGAUGAUAACGGCAGGGCUAGGGGAUCCAGCGACGUCAAUAAUGGAUACGACGUAUGCUACUAGUAUGGAGAGGAUCCUUCAGGACCUCGAGGCCAGCGGAAUCAAAGCAACUCUGGGAUAA